AUGACAGGAAAAUUAAUUUGGCCUUAUCCAGAUGAACCACAAUCAGGUUUUUGGGGUAAUACAACAGCAAUUAUUGAUUGGUGUGAAGAAAAUUAUGUUGUAUCAUAUUACAUUGCAGAAUGGUCAAAUACUUUAACGAAUUUUAUGUUUAUUUUAGUGGCAACCUAUUACACAUAUUGUAUUUAUAGAAAUCGUCUCGAAACAAGAUUUAUUUUAAUAGGUAUGAUGUUUGCUCUUGUUGGAUUUGGUUCAUGGUUUUUCCAUAUGACUUUAAAAUAUCGUUAUCAACUACUUGAUGAACUACCAAUGGUUUAUGCAACAUCUACUCCAGCUUGGUCAUUAUUUUGUGAAUUAGAUUGGAAAACUUUAAGAGCAAGUAAAGGACCAAUCUCAAAGAGAAAAGAAUGGUUUUUCGGUAUUAUUGUCGUAUCUUUCACAACGGGUUUAACAUGGUUUUAUAUGGCCUCUCAAUCUCCAAUUAUAUUCCAAGUACUUUAUGGCUUCUUAAAUUGCUUAGUCGUAGCAAUUUCAAGUUCUUUUGCAUAUUUCCUAGUACCAAAAAAUAAAUUAGACAAGAAAAAUUUAUACACAACAAUGGGUUUAGGUAUUGUAAUCUUUUUAUUAGGUUUCAUUUCAUGGCAAUUAGAUAUUCAUUUAUGUAAUUUUUGGAGAUAUUUUAGAAGAACUUAUCUUUUAUUACCAUUAGGUACAUUCCUAGAAUUACAUGGUUGGUGGCAUAUUUUAACUGGUAUGGGUGUUUAUACUUAUAUUGUAUUUUUACAAUAUUUGCGUGUAUUAAAUCUUGGUAUUGAUGAUGAUUUCUUAUUUAUUUGGAGAUGGAGAUUAUUACCUGAAUUAGUAAGAAAGGAUUCUGCUAUAUCGACUAAAUAUUCUUUAGAAUUUUGGGGUCCAUAUGAAACAGAAACACUACAAUCAAUUAAUACUGCUACUGCUACUGCUACCGCAGGUUCAGCAGAUAUAACGAACGCUCAUGUGGAGGCUUUAAAUUAA